AUGAAGAGCAUUAUAUUCAAUAUUGCCUUCUACUAUCUUUUAAAGGCAGCAUGCGCCGAUUCCAAACCUAAUGAAAGCACAGCCACGGGCAGUGAAAGCACCGAAAGCGUUGAACAGCUGCAAAAGCCAGAAGGAGAAGGAACAAGUACUGAUGCCACGAAUCCUACAGACCACCAGAUCAGUACGAUUGAUACUGACGGACUCACACAGUCUGAGACGGAGGCAGAGAUCAAGAAGAUGAACCCCAACAUGACACCGGCAAUCUCAACAACCCUCUUUGUUGACAGCUCUAAGAUCCAUGAUGUUCCAGCCGUUGUCCUUGAUACAUAUAGGAAUCAGGUAAACAUGACGCCGGAGACAAAGACGAACUACUUUGUCAUAAAUGGAGAGAACCUGGCCAGUGCGUACGGUAAAAGCAGUGGCAGUGCUAAUCAGCCAACCACAGAGUCUGAUGAAACCACAGACAGCAAUCAGCCUACAGGUGAAAGCAGUGAUAACACUAAGCCAAGUAGUGAUUCAGGCACAAAAAUUGCGCAGACAGAGGGUGAUGAGAAUAAAAGUCCAGGAGCGUCAGCAGCAGCACUCCGCUCUCGUAGCUCGUUAAUGAAGAAGGCAGGCAAGGCUCGUUAA